CUCCCACCAUUCGCCAGUCUUUCGCUACCAUCCGCUUGUGGCGCGCGUCAACCGCGUUCAAAUAUCAAACGUUCGAAAACAAAACACGAUAGCGUUCCGAUUUCAAAAUUCACAAAAGUGCGUUGAAAUAAACAGUGCAAUGUGCCAGUGUUUUGAUAAAGCGUGAUAAUUAAAAAGUUGCGAGUGAAAAUGUGACUGUGAGUGUCUGAGUACUGUUUGUAGUUAAGAUGCGGGAGUUUUUAAGGAUUGUUUUGGUGUGUGCGUGCGCAUUGCUUUUGACGGUAUGUUGUGAGGACAGUGAGGAACUGGAUUCGAGGGGUGAGAAGGAUGAGAAAGGACUCCAAACAGGCACCCGACGCACGACGACGCAGAGCAGCGUCAACGCGACACGAGAUCAACAGCUACACGCCGUGCUGGCCGCGCGUCGGCGACAGCUGCUCAACGGGCGGCUCGCCACACACAUCAACAACUUAGCCAACAUUGCUAAUAAGCCGCAUAAGAGUAACACAACAUUCCUCCAGAUAGAAGUCCGAGACUCAAACAGCUCCAUAAUCAAGAGGAUAACGUUCGAUAACUCAAGCAACGAAGCGGCUCCCAGCCUUCGGCUCACGACGACCGACGGCAUACGGGAGAUCAAACAAGAUCUGAAACCCCAUGAGAUCAGACAUCUAUUCGUGCCCAAAGUCUACCAGGAAAACCGAAGCCGAGCAGGUUUUUUAAACAACAGGAGAAAUAAAACGCAUGGACCUUCUACAGAAAAUGGAAUAAUAUACGUUCCACCAGAAAAACUUGAAGGACUGGAUAAAGAGGUAGACUUGGAGCCAGAUGAAGAGUUUCAAGUUGAUGAAUCUAAUCAUGGUUUAUAUUUGCUCAACUAUUCAGACACUGAUAAUGUCACACAAGUUCCAGUUUUAAAUGAAACUGUUACUACGAAUGAAGUUAAUGUAAGCAGUACUGUUAAAAUUGAAACCACAACACUUACGAGUAAUGUUACUAUUAACGUUUCAACAGAAGCACCAAACGUUCAUGUACAUAAAAAAGAUGAACAAAUUGAAGAUAUUAUUGCUAAUAGUACUGAUAUGAAAAACACAAAAAAGCCUUUAAAACUGGAAAACGAGAAAGAUAAAAGAAAUGAUACUCAGUUCAUGUCAGAAGAAAUUUAUAAUCAUUUUAGACCACUUGAAUCUGAAUUACCAGUUGAAGACAUGACGCCUUUUAUUAAUUUCGGCCAAAAGAUAGCCGGUCAAAUUAUCAACGAUAAUCUAACAGACUCUCCAUCGCUAUCGGCAUCAACCAAGUCGGUAAAUUUCAUCGUCGCUGCCCCGGAACGACGGAAGUUUAAUUCUAGAUAUUCUGCCACCGAAAAAUAUAAGAACACUAGUGUUGAUGAAGAAGAGUUGAAUGAAGAAAUGGAUGUCUCUGUAGUUAAGAAUACAAUUGAAAAGAAUAAGAUCAGAAACACUGUAAAAGGACCAGCUCCUCAGCGUCAUGUGGGAUUAGUUAAUGCUUACAGAAAACAUACUCCAUCGACGCCAUCCACAACCAAGCCUCCAAAUAUUGCUCAACUUAAUGUUACUGAACCGAUAAUAAUGAAUGUGACACCUAGUUCCGUAGACAAAAGCAGUAAUGCGACAAAUACCACUGUCAAUAAAGAAAAUAUCAAUACAAAUACCACUGUCAAAGAGAAUGUUCCGAGUAAAACAAAUGGAACUUUAAUACCGAGGAAUUACACAAGAAGUUACUAUAAUUUACGACGUAGACCCGCUAGAGUCACAACAGUUUCAAGUACUGAGAACAUAUUACCCGUUGUAGUCGUAAACACAACAACGGAAAAAGCUUCAACGGUUUAUACAGCAGUGGUUACUUCUGUGUCAAUAACAUCUUCCAUGAAAGGGCAGAACAAAACUGACAUCAAAGACGGUGACAAUAGUACAGUUAUCGAGACAAUUGUGCCUAAGGAAAAUGAUACCGCGCCUAAAGUCUUUCUCAUCAAUGUUACUGAUACAACGCCCAUACCGCCACCUUCUUCUAGGGUACCAUAUAAACACAGAAUAAGAAUACGAACAACAACUACGGAAAGUAGUGUCCAGUCCAGCCCAGCUGUUUAUAUGCAUCGAGCAUAUGAAGACAAUGACGUCACAACAAAAGUUUCAGAUCUCAAAAACGAAGCGACAACUUCUAGGAUAUCUGAACGACUAGCCAAUCUGUUUAGGCAAAAUGAAUAUGAAAACAAUAAUAACGGAAGUACAAUUAGACCGAAAAAUAUUCUAAAAAGACGAAGGCCAACGACAACUACUACUCCUGCUCCAGUAUCUAGUAUUCGACCUACAUUUUUGACUACAGUUUCGACUACGACUGAGUUGCCAACAAGUCCCGUCACAGCGGCGGAAACUUCGACAGCUACUGAAACAAGUAUAAGACCAUUAAUAGUCACUUCUAGGACAUCAUCGCAAUCUAGUUAUAAACCAACAGUUACACCUGAUACAUCAACGGAAAAAGAAGAAAAUAUUACUUCAGUUGAUUCAGUGGAAGAUGGAAAAGCUACAUCUGAUAAUGAAGUAGUGAUAGAACCUGAAAAGACGUAUACAGCAUCGUAUGUCUUAGCUGGAUUAGGUUUCCUGCCUGUGGCGGGUAUAGUUGUAUUUGUUUUAAGAAAUAUUUUAAAUAAGAAGACCAAAGAGAUAGAGACGGAGUACGAGGGUUACUUCGAUGAUGAUGAGGUGAAGAAGGAGUCUCCUAUAACGCCCGUGGCGCGGCCGCCGCUGCCAACGCCGACCAAGCCGGACAAUAAGUGGGAGUUCCCGAGAAACAAGUUGAGGCUACAAACUUUAUUAGGUCAAGGGAACUUUGGACAGGUAUGGAAAGCCGAAGCCGACGACCUGAACGGGCACGACGGGCUGACGCGGCUGGUGGCCGUGAAGAGCAUCAAGGAGUCCGCCUCGCAGAAGGAGAAGCAGGAGCUGCUGCAUGAGAUCUACAUCAUGCAGAAGAUCGGGACGCAUCCGAAUGUCGUCACGCUGCUCGCUUGCUGCACUGAACAUGAGCCCUACCUCCUCAUAAUGGAAUACGUGAUGUGCGGCAAGCUCCUCACAUAUCUGCGCGAGCGGCGCUCCAGACCCGACCGGUUCAGCGGCAGCGGAGCUUUGACUUCACGAGAUCUUACUGUGUUCGCCUACUGCGUGGCACGGGGGAUGGACUAUAUCGCUUCUAAGGGGAUUGUCCACCGCGACCUAGCCGCCCGCAACGUGCUGGUCGACCACAACAAGCUGUGCAAGAUCGCCGACUUCGGGAUGUCGCGAGCGGCCGGCGGCGCCUCACGUAAUCGAGGGGCGUUGCCUGUCAGAUGGAUGGCCCCUGAAGCGCUGCUUUACAAUGUGUACAGUCAUUCGACGGAUGUGUGGGCUUUUGGGAUUACGCUGUGGGAGAUCGUCACGCUUGGUUCCACACCAUACGCAGCGAUGUCGGGGCGCGAGGUGCUGACGGCCGUCACGGAGGGCUACCGGCUGGAGCGCCCCCCGCACUGCAAGCCGCAGCUCUACCGCGCCAUGCACUCCUGCUGGCACGCCGACCCCUCCCAGCGGCCCACCUUCGCGGCCCUCAAGUCGCAACUAGCCGAGCUGUUAGACAAUGAGCCCUCCGAAGGGAAUUAUGUGGACCUGGACUCGUUUUAUCAGGAGUCCUCGGUGUACAGCGAUCCCUCGGCCAUCAUACAUGACGAUGAGGGGCUGUCUGCGGAGUAUGAUCGGGAGAGACGAUGUUUUAGAGAACUUACCAAAGGCCCCACGAAAUACGACAACCACUUCAACUUCCGCGAAAGAAACGAAGAUCUUCUAAACAAAUUCGGGGGCACACCGAGAAUGGGAGGUUUCGGCAUCCGAGACGUCCCCUUCAACGAUAGAAACUUCUCCGACGGCGAGUUCAACGAGCGCACCUUCACCGACAAAAGUUUCACCGACAAAAGCUUCACCGACAAAAAUUUCACCGACACCAACUUCACCGAACGAAAGGAAAAACUCUCCACGUCGAGCUUCCACAAAGAACGGGAGGGCAGAGAGAGCAAUUUGGUCAGUAGGAAUAGUUUUAGUGGGUUCCCUAGGAUAGGUACGAGGGAUGGCCAUUUUCAAAUGAUGCCUGAUGGGAGGAAUAAAAGGGUUUCGGAGUUUGAAUGUGACAUCUGAAGAUACGGUAUAGUCGAAGGAGAAUUUAGAAAUCUGCAGUAGGUGCCUGUUUUAUGAAAUCUUGUAACUUGUAAUACUUUUAUAAAACAGGUAUCAGGUAGUUGAAAGGUGCUAAGGAUUUCAAAUAUUGGCUUUUAAAAUUGUAUAUGUAUGGUUGCUUCAAAGCUACGAUAACGAUUUCUUUGUUCUCCAUAACUAUAAUUGAGUCAAUGUAGAAUGUCUGAUUUCUGACUUUUACGCACUCGAAUGAGUCUUUAGAAAUUGACUGAAUCUUUGUAUUUCUAGUAUCUUUAGGAAGGUUUAGUGACUUUGCCAAAAGUUUGCACUGAUUUAAUGUUUUUAACACAUUUUUAGCACAAGUGUGGACUCGUGAUAAUUUUAUUUUUAAGUUUCAAUUUCAAUUAAAUUGGUUGAAAUUAUGUAACUUGAAAUGUGUUGAUUUUGUAAAUAGAUUAAUUUAUAGAAUUUUGUAUGCGUGUUUGUGUUAAUUGGUGUUUUUUGUAAAUAAAUUGUAUAAAUAAGAAGUUAGAAUGACAAACAAAAGAACUGCAUCUUAUUUUGUAGAUUUAUAUAAACACAGUGAUUAAAAUUUACGUUACUGUUUAAAUAAUAAAAGUAUAAAAAAUAAAAGAGUUAUGUAAAAGAUUAGUGUUGCACUUAUGUUAAAGUUGGAUCACAACGGUGCUAAAUAUAUUAGGUUUUCUUUUUAAGUAGAUUUCUUUACAAAACGAAUAUGAAAACAUCCAGUAACUGGUGAAGUCAUUUACUUAAAUAUGUCUGCUACAUAUAUUAUAGCAAUUAGUCAAAAAAGUACAGUUGAAGAAAAUAAGAUGUUAAUUUCAGUACCAGUUUGUAAUUUGUCACAGUGACGAUCAAUAUGAAAGUCUUUAGGGACCUCAUAGUUUGUUACUGUAACAAGGUACGAACUGCUACUGAAAUUAUAUUCCUUGACCAUACCUACAUGACAAAACUGAAUGUACAGUCAAGGAAUUUAAAUUCCGACCCAUUUCGUACUUUGUCACAGUGACAAUCAAUAUGAAAGCCGCUAGAGACCUCAUACGGUUGUCACUGUGACAAAGUACGAAAUGGGUCGGAAUUUAAAUUCCUUGACUGUACAGUGAAAUUGUGUUCAUUUCUUUUCUGUGCCAUUUCGUACCUGUCAUGGGACAAGGUACAAUGGCACAAAAAUAAAAUUUGAAAGAAAGUAGGUACCUAAAAACAAAAUGUAAGGUAUUCAUGUAAAUUCUUAGUUAUGCUAUCAUUUUGUUAAAGAUAUUCAUGUAAAUUCUUAGUUAUGCUAUCAUUUUGUUAAAGAUUUUUUUUUGUCGAUAAGUGACAUAGUUGCUACUGCUACUACAAAUUGUCGCCAUAUAUUUUGACGUUUUAAUAUGACAAAUAAAAUAACGAAUACAAAACUGGAUUUUCUGCAAGUUUUGCUAUUACGAGACUACUUAGAAACCUAUUUAGUUAAUUACUCAUAUAUACCUACAGGCCAUUUUUAUUUAACGAUUUACACUACACUUUUUUUCAAAAUAGAGUAGGUAUUUUUACGCUAUUCCUGUUCUGAAACAUGAGUUAUUUUGAUCCCAAUAGGAGAAAAACCUGUCCCAAGAUUCUAAUUUCCAUUUUGGUAAUAGAAGGAACGAAAAAUUUACCUAGGUAUAGAACUUUUUGGGACACUUUGUUCUUUUUUCACUUCUGAGCAAGUAUUAACAUAAAAAUACCCAAAUUUGAAUUUAAUAAAAGUGUUGUGUACAACUUAAAAAAAUGGCCCAUACAUUUUAAUGCUGUUGCCUGUAAUGUAAAAUUUUAUAAAAUGUUAUCGUUGUCUUUUGAAUCUCCAUCGAGUAUUUACGGGAAUUAACACGAUUGUACGUGCAAGGGCAGAUUGUAUACCAUUUGUUUUAGUUUACUAUAUUGCUUUUCAACCUUUGAUAUAUGUAUUAUUAUCUUGUACAUUAAUAUGAAAGUUGGUUAAAAGAUUAUCAUCGCGGUAAGAUCCUAAAAUAUAUUUGAAACCAUUUUAACGAAACGAUUACCUUAUGGAUGUUGAAAAACAAUAGUUACGUUAAUUAUUCUUUGGGCACAUAUAACAAUAUUGAAACGAGUAAUAUUAUGUAAUAUGUUAAAGAGUGCUUACCUAUUUUCAACUAAAUAAGGCCCUUAAUUAAAUUACAUAAGGGUUUACAAAAUUCUCACUUUCGAUUAACGAUUGUUAACUUGAGUCUUAUUCUGAUUGUAAUUACUGGUAAUGAAUGUGCUAUUAUCUAUCACAUCUGACAGAUGAUAUCCAUAAAUAUGAUCUGGCACAGACACUUUGUCAGUAGAAGAAGGCGAUACUAAUGUAAGCGCGAAGGGAUCAUCUCCCAUAGAAAAUUAAAACUUCGCGCCUUUUUUACUGACAAGUUCGGUAUGUUUGAUAACCAUGUAAUAAGUUGUUACAAUCAAAAUAAACCUCCUUUGCUUUGUCGUCGGUGAUGACCCGUUGAUGUCGUUCACAUAUUUAUGAAAAUACUCUUAAUUUAGACAUAAACGCGUCCGUACACUCGUGUUUAGUGUCCCAUGGUACUUACAUAGUUCAUCUAGCAAAAAUUCAAUGCUUGUAUCACUUAGCGCCACUUGCCCCAUUCCACUUACCCGGGGUUAACCGGUUAAACCUGGAGUUACCAUGGUUACCAGUACAAUUUGACAAUGAGUAUGAGUAUUUGACUGUACAAUUUGACACUGAGCAUUUUAUGUUGCUGGAUUCGUCAAUCUAUGCGUCCAAAGUUAUAACGGCCGUUUUAGUUUUGAGUUCAUAGAUCGACGAAUCCAGCAGCAUAAAAAAUAGUUUGAUGUAUUCAAAAGGUACUUAAGUACAAAUACAGUACGCAGCGGCCUCCUUUUUUAAUUUAAAUACCUGUCUUUAAAUUUAAAUAAUCACGAUUAUUUUGUAGUGGCGCUAGUGUGCACGUUGCUCUUAAAUCAUUGGUUCUCGUGUGAAUAUUCGUUGUGAAUCUCAGUUCAGUAACUUUCUAGUCUCUAUAAGAUAUGAUAUUGGUUUGUCCGUAAGAUCGGUCUAAUUGUUUAUGUAUGAAAGAUGUAUUUUAUUUUAAUUAUACGGAUCUAUUGAGAAUUAAA